AUGCUCUCCCUUACCGUGGAGUUGCUGAGCGGCCGCAGCUGUGAGCUUCGGGUCUCGGAGGACUUGACGGCGGCCCAAGUGGCGAAGCUGGCAGCGCAGCACCUGGAUGCCCCCGUGAGCCAGCUCUUUGCGCAGAGUCGAGCUCUGAACUCUCGCCAGAGCUUGCGCCAGCUGGGUGUUCAGGACGGCGAGCGACUCGCCGGCCACUGCUCGCAAAUGCGGCUCCUGUCGGGCUUCGAAGCGCUCAGAAGUGCGGGGGACGCCUGGUUCCUCGCGGUGCCACAGGCCAAGGACGCCUUUCUGCUGAUGCAGUCGGACGGAUCAAUCUCCGCCUGGGGCGGCGCCGCCUGUAGCGAGGAGUUCUGCGAGCGAUUGCACGGGAUCACGCAGCUUGGUGCCACCCCCCACGGCGCCUUCGCCUCACUGCAAGCGGACGGGUCAGUGACCACCUGGGGCAUCGCGGCCGCGGGGGGAUCCAAGUCUCAUGUGCAAGACCAGCUGCAGCAUGUGGUGGCCAUGCAGGCCGCGGGGAGCGCCUUCGCGGCGCUGAAAGGCGAUGGCUCCGUGGUGUGCUGGGGCGGCCGCGAGCGGAAAUGCAACUUGGGCCAGGAUUGCUCCCAGGUCCAGGAGGAGUUGUACGAGGUGCGGCACUUACGGGCCACGGAGUCCGCCUUCGCAGCCCUAAGGGCGGACGGCGCGGUAGUGUGCUGGGGCAACAGCUGCGAGGGUGGCGACUGCACCCGGGCAGGAGAUCUGCGGAAUGUGGUCGCGCUGCGCGCAACCCGCCGGGCCUUCGCGGCCAUCAAAGCGGACGGCUCCGUGGCCACCUGGGGCCUGGUGGAGUGCGGGGGCGGGAGCUUCUUGGUCCAGGACCAGCUCCAGGACGUGGUGGAGGUUUGCGCCACGGCGGGCGCCUUUGCGGCGCUGAAAGGCGAUGGCUCUGUGGUGUGCUGGGGUGAUCCUGCAAUGGGCGGCCGCUGCGAGUUCGAGUUGACGGAGGUCCGGUCGCUCAGCGCCUCACGGGGCGCCUUCGCCGCGCUGAAGCGCGAUGGCUCCGUGGUCGCCUGGGGCGACGGCCAGUGUGGCGGCCUGGUGCCCACGGAGUUCAGUGCGCGGCUCAAGCAGGUGGUUGAGCUGGUGCCGGCGGCUUUGGGCUUCGCGGCGCGCACCGUGCAUGGGCAGGUGGUGUGCUGGGGCGAGAUCGUUCCUAAUGCCGAAGUGACGGCGACGCUGACUGGGGUGCUGGAGGUGCGAGCGAACCUGGGUGCCUUUGCGGCGCUAAAGGAGGAUGAGACUUUGGUCACCUGGGGAAAGUCGGAAUGGGGUGGAGACAGCAGCGCUGUGCAGCACCAGCUGACACGGGUGGUGGAGGUGUGUGCCACAGCCAAGGCCUUCGCAGCGCGCACGACGGAGGGCGUGGUCGUGGCCUGGGGCGCUGGCACCCACGGGGGAGUCCAGCCGCGUCUCAUCGCACAGCUGCAAAGAAACGCUGGGUAG